AUGGGCUCUCUACAGAAAGCCAUCGAAUUGAUCACGAAAGCGACGGAAGAGGACAAAAAGAAGAACUACGAGGCGGCACUUCCACUCUACGAUCAAGCCAUUCAAUACUUCAUUCACACUAUCAAAUACGAAGCCCAAGGCGAAAGACAGAAGGACACGAUUCGGCAGAAGUGCGAGGAUUACUUGAAACGAUAUGAACAGAUCAAAGAGUUUCUGAAAAACAAUCGUGAGGGAAAGAAAGUGAAGGACAACGGUUCGGCAAAAGAUGGUGAUGACAGCGAUGAAGACGUCGAGAAGAAGAAAAUGCAGGACAAACUACAAGGAGCGAUCGUGAUGGAGAAGCCAAAUGUCAAAUGGUCGGACAUUGCCGGGCUCGAGAGUGCAAAAGAAGCGCUAAAAGAGGCCGUCAUUCUGCCCAUCAAAUUCCCUCAACUCUUCACCGGAAAUCGAAAGCCAUGGAGAGGGAUUUUGCUCUUCGGACCACCUGGUACGGGAAAGUCGUUCAUUGCGAAGGCUGUGGCCACCGAGGCGGGAAAUUCGACAUUCUUUUCAAUCUCUUCCUCCGAUCUCAUGAGCAAAUGGCUUGGCGAGUCGGAAAAGUUGGUGAAGAAUCUCUUCGAGCUCGCUCGCCAAAACAAGCCCAGCAUCAUUUUCAUUGACGAGAUUGACUCAUUGUGCUCGUCACGAUCGGAUAAUGAAAGUGAAAGUGCUCGACGUGUGAAGACGGAGUUCAUGGUGCAAAUGCAGGGAGUCGGUUUGAACAACGAUGGCAUUUUGGUACUUGGUGCGACAAAUAUUCCCUGGAUUCUUGACGCCGCUAUUCGAAGGCGUUUUGAAAAACGUAUCUACAUCUCGUUGCCGGAUAUUCAAGGAAGAAAGGAGAUGUUUAAGUUGGACGUGGGAAAGAAUCGAAACGAUUUGGCGGAUCAAGACUACAGGUCGCUGGCUGAGAAGACGGAAGGUUUCUCCGGUUACGAUAUCAACAUUCUUGUCAAGGAUGCCCUCAUGCAACCAGUGAGAAGAGUGCAAACAGCAACACAUUUCAAGUACGUCUCUGGUCCCGAUCCAAAUAACCCACAAACGACAGUCAACGAUCUUUUGACACCGUGCUCUCCGGGAGACCCAAUGGCGAUCGCGAUGAGUUGGUUGGAUGUGCCUCAAGGGAAAAUUGCUGAACCAUUACUGGCAAUGAACGACAUCCUCCGAUCUCUUUCCACUGUCAAACCCACCGUCAAUCGUGAUGAUCUCAGCAAACUGGAAAAUUUCGCCAAGGAUUUCGGCCAAGAAGGA